AUGGAGCAGGUUUUGUCAAGUCUUGCCAUAAUCGAAAACGACGAGCCUAACAAUGACACAGGCAUCGGCGACAAAAGUGGAGAGCUGGUCGAGGGAGCCACGAGACUGGGACCGACAGUAUUCCCCAUCGUCUUCGCGGCACUGGUUGGUCGAGCCCUUAAAGCCAUCGGCAGGUUCAAAAGCGAGAAAGGGAUAAAAUUCUCGACGCUGUGGGCGUUCCUGCCCACCAAGACGGUUUUCGACGCGGUUCUUCUCCAAUGGUCAGCCGGCGCCUUGUCACUUCCCACGAUUCUCGUGGGGUUGCUCUGGGCAAUGUCUCCAGCUGGAGGCCAGGCUUCGUUGAGGAUGCUGUACCGAACAAAUCAGACGUCAGUCAGUUCUACCAGUAUUCAUUAUAUGGACACAGGGCCUCUCGGAAUCUUGUACACGUACGCUACGCUGUUCGAAGGCUACGACAUGGGGCCCUACCGAACCGAGUUUCCGUUUCCAAUCACGGCCUCUUUCGCCGCCGCGCUCAUGCAAGACUUCGAGACCAAAUCUGGACCCAGAGACUCUUGGGGCAACCCCAAAGUCCCUCGACUUGACAUGCUGAACCAGUUCAACGGACAAAGUGUGUGGAGCCCUACCGUGCUGGAGCUUUUCAUGAACAAGACGUCCACGAUCCCCGUGUAUCGCGCAAACGCCUACACGCUGGGAGGGGGGAACGACUGGUUCUACACCGACCUUGCACACAGAGAACCAGAGACGUUGUCCGGCAGGGCCACCCUCCUGCUCAAUACGGCGAUGCACUUGCUCUACUCCUAUUAUGGCUUUGCGGGUGAUUUGCCAAGUGUCGAGGCUGCAGAUUGGGGACCUCCUCACAGCCCGGCAGAUGGUUUCGCAUAUGUCAGCAGCAUUAUCAAUGACGCCGCUGCAUUCGUCGCCGCUUCUACCGAGGCGUCGGUCACGCGAGACAACAACGUCUACAAAGUAAACUACGCCUGGUGGACUGUGUUAGUGAUUUCGGCCACAGCGCUAGCUAUCAUCGGCUCGAUUGGGAUGAUCACGGGGCUGCGGACAAGAGGGCCGGACGUUUUUGAUCCAUUAAUGGGCUUGACAUACAACAACGGUUCUCUGGGCUUGCCAACCCCGGGAAGCUCGCUUGAUACCGACAGAAGAGCGGAGUUGCUGAGAGAUAUGAGGGUCCGGCUUGGUGAUGUUGCCGGAGGGAAAUCUGUCGGCAUGGUUGGCGUGGGGCGAGCGCGCUCCUCAAGUUAG